UAUGGAUGUUCCAAGAAGGACAGUGGACAACCAGCUGCUAAUGUGUGUACAAACCUUGCAGAUAAUCAGAAACCAUGGCAGGACACCUUCAGCUGUCAUUCAACAACAUCAGUAUAGUCUGGGCCCACAAUAAACCACAGGUGCCGGUCUCAGUUUGUAGUCCAAGUUGUCCCCCGGGCUAUAGGAAGGCUGUUCAAAAAGGAAAACCAAUCUGCUGUUUUGACUGCAUACCAUGUGCAGAGGGAGAAUUCAGUGAUAUAACAGACUCUAUAACUUGUAUCAAGUGCCCUUCGGAGAUGUGGUCUAAUGGAAAAAAAGAUUCCUGUGUCUUAAAGCUGGUCGAAUUCCUUUCGUUUGAGGAAGUAAUGGGGAUAAUUUUUGUCUCAUUUUCUUUGUUAGGAUUAUCCUUCACAAUUUGUAUUGCUGUAAUUUUCUUUAAACACAAGGAGACACCAAUUGUUAGAGCAAAUAAUUCUGAGCUGAGCUUUUUGCUACUCUUUUCUCUGUCCAUGUGCUUCCUCUGUUCACUUACAUUUAUUGGUCAGCCGUCUGAAUGGUCCUGUAUGCUACGUCACACAGCAUUUGGGAUCACCUUUGUCCUCUGUAUCUCCUGUGUUUUGGGGAAAACUGUAGUGGUGUUAAUGGCAUUUAAGGCUACACUUCCAGGCAGAAACGUCAUGAAAUGGUUUGGGCCUUUACAGCAAAGACUCAGUGUACUUGCUUUUACUCUUGUACAGGUCAUUAUUUGUGUCCUGUGGUUAAUAAUAUCUCCUCCUUUUCCAUAUAAUAACAUGAGGUACUACAAAGAAAAGAUCAUAUUAGAAUGUAAUGUAGGCUCUGCUGUAGGAUUCUGGGCUGUACUGGGUUAUAUAGGACUCUUGGCUGUUCUGUGUUUUAUUUUGGCUUUUCUGGCCCGGAAACUGCCUGACAAUUUCAAUGAAGCCAAAUUCAUCACAUUCAGCAUGCUCAUAUUCUGUGCAGUUUGGAUCACCUUUAUUCCUGCAUAUGUCAGCUCUCCUGGAAAAUUCACUGUAGCAGUAGAGAUAUUUGCCAUUUUAGCAUCAAGCUUUGGUUUACUUUUUUGCAUAUUUCUUCCAAAGUGCUACAUGAUUAUACUGAAACCAGACAAGAAUACUAAAAAACAAAUAAUGGCUAAAGCACCUGGGAAAUGA